GCUGUCAUGGCGGCGCCGCUGCGGGACCGGUUGAGCUUCCUGAGCCGGCUGCCGCUGCUGCUCAGGGGCACCGCGGACGACGACGCGCCCUGCCCCGGGUACCUGUUCGAGGAGAUCGCCAAGAUCUCGCACGAGUCGGCCGGCAGCAGCCAGUGCCUGCUGGAGUUCCUGCUGGGCCGGCUGCAGAGCGGCUCCUGCCACGUCAAGCUGAAGGUGCUGAAGCUCCUGCUGCACACCUGCGCCCAGGGCUCCCCGCAGUUCCUGCUGCAGCUGAAGGGCAGCGCCUGCUUCAUCCGGGAGGCCGCAGUGUUCACUGGGCCCCCAGACCCCCUGCACGGCAACAGCUUGAACCAGAAGGUCCGUGUGGCCGCGCAGGACUUGGCCACGCUCCUGUUUUCGGAUGCGCCGCUGCCCCCGCCCGCUGCCCCCUCUGCCCGUCCCCUGCCUCCCGCGGGCAUGGGCUCCAGCUCCAGCCCCUGCGGCUCCUUGCAGGGAUUUGGCUACAGCACUGAGAGAAGCUCUGGUUCCCCAGGGGAAGCCCUGCUCAGCACCAUCCAGCGCGCGGCCGAGGCUGUGGCCCACGCUGUGCUCCCGUCCCCGGGGGGGCACCGGCCACGCCACGGGGACCUCCACGAGGACACCUACGAGCCCGUGAGAGCCCCGUCACCGCCCCGGAGCCCCGCCACGGCCGGGAAGCCACCAGCAGCCACCGCAGCGCACGGCACCCGGGUGAGGCACCAGCCGGGGCUGGCCGGAGGAGGCUGGGAGGAGGCAGACAGCGGGCACAGCUCCCAGGACUCCUCGCAGGGCAUCGGGGACCUGAGCCGCACCUCGGACUCCUGCAGCAAAUCGGGCAGCGACAGCCACUGCGGAGCCAGCCGGGAGCUGAGCCAGGCGGCCGAGAGGGUGGAUGCUGACAGCCUGGGUGACUGCGUGCGGGAGGUGAGCCUGGUGUCAGCACUGACCCGCGGAGCCAGGGUCUUCCUCACCAGGGAGGAAGCACAGCACUUCGUCAAGGAAUGCGGGCUGCUGAACUGCGAGGUGGUGCUGGAGCUGCUGAGCCGGGCGCUGCAGGACCCCAGUGACAGCGUCCGCAUGAGGUCCAUGGCUGCCAUCUCCUCCCUCAUGUGCUCGGACCUGCUCUCCCUGGACCAGAUCUUCACCGUGACGCGGCAGCAGCUGCAGCAGCUCAGCCAGGGCAGCCCCGGCCCUGUCGCCAACCGAGCAACAAAGAUCCUGCGGCAGUUCGAGGCUCUCUGCAGGGGCCACCCCUCCCCAAAGGGCACCCACCCGGACUCGGAGCCUUCUGGCCUCCCCCCGGGCUCAGCCCCGUGCCCCGGGGACCUGCUACUGGACAUCCCCCCGCUGCCCGGUGAGAGCAUCCUCACCCCGCUGAGCGCAGCCCCACUGCCCGGUGCCUGCAGCCAGGAGCCAGGGGUGGAAGCAGAGACCCUUGGGCAGCCCGGUGCCGCGGUGCCAGCCGGUCCCUGCGGGCAGGAGGCGGUGAGCAGGGUGCUGGGGGAUGCAGCGGGUGCCCCUGCACUGUCCCGCAGCCUGUCCCUCUUUGCUGGCAUGGACCUGGUGGCUCCUCCCGGUGCCGUGCUGCGCCAGGACUCUCCCCUGCCAGAGCCGCAGGCACCGUCCCAGCCCCACAUGGACACGGAGGGUGAGCAGCAGCCGUCGGCCUUCGCCUUCCUCAACAUGUAGCUGCUGUGGGGCUCCCGGGGGGCUGCGGGGGCUUUGCCCUCCCUCCCUGCGGGGGCUGUUGUGCCAUAGCCCUAUGGGCUUGGUGGGAAGGGGGCUCGAUCCCCCCAGAUUCUGCUGUGGCACCCUGGGGAGAAGCAAAGAGCAGCCCCAUGUGCCCUGUCCACCGGGACGAGGGAAGGGCGCUGCUGGGGGG